AUGAGCACAACUUCGUUCGGAAAAGACAAAGGCUUUGGAUAUACUAAAGUAAAUAACGUUCAAUCUCCUUCAACUUCAGCGGGAGCUUUUAGAAAUAGCAGAGAUUAUUGGAAUACUAGCGGUUAUUCUACCCCGGCUUCUUAUACUUCUAAAUUUUCCACAACAACAACUGGCGAGGAAGUUGGUUGUUUCUCGUCUGUACGAAUGACGGCAGCUGCUAAACUAGGUCGUUAUCUUCGACGUCUUUUUCAUGCUCGGCAGAUGGAUUUUGAAUUUGCUGCUUGGCAAAUGCUUUAUUUAAUGAUUAAUCCACAAAAAGUUUACAGGAAUUUUAUGUACAGGAAAAAAACAAAAGACCAAUGGGCACGUGACGACCCAGCAUUCCUCGUUCUUUUGGCAUUUUCGCUUUUUGGCUCAAGCGUUCUUUUUGCCUUUGCUCUUGGAUUAUCAAUCUCUGCAUUCUUAACAUUCUUUUUGUGGGCAGUUUUUGUUGAUUGUAUUUGUGUUGGAUUGGUUAUUGCAACAAUUCUUUGGUAUAUAUCAAAUCGUUAUUUACGUCGAGUUAAGGACCAAGAUGUUGAGUGGGGUUAUUGUUUUGAUGUCCACUUGAAUGCUUUCUUUCCUUUAUUGAUUUGUCUUCAUGUUAUUCUGCCUUUGCUAUUUUAUGGUCUAAUAGAUUAUUCAAAUUUUGCUGCCCGUGCUUUGGGAAAUUCAAUUUGGUGCAUUGCUGUAAUCUACUAUAUUUAUAUUACUUUUCUAGGAUAUACAGCUCUUCCAAUUUUGAAGAAUACCCAUUUCUUUCUCUACCCAAUUACAUUUUUAUUUAUAUUUUUCGUUGCAACAAUAAGUGCUGGUUGGAAUAUAACACAAACUUUUAUGGAUUUUUAUCAUUAUAGAGCGACAAAUUUACCGAGACGACAACCAUAA